AGCACCCACCCGAGGGGUCCAACACCCACCCGAGGGGGCCCGAGCUCAGCCCAGCCCCGUUUUCCCCCCUCAGGGUGACCCAGCCCCGCUCCGAGGGCGCAGCGCAGCUGUGAAAUCCCGAAUCCGCGGCUGGCCCCGGAGCCACCUCCGCCUGCCCCGCGCCUCUCCCCGCUCCCGGCGCCGCUCCAGCCUCCGGCAGAAGCUCCCGGAGCGCUGCGGGCGAGGGUUGGCCGCGGGUUUGCUCUCCCAGCCUCGUGGUUUUGGGUUUUUUAUUUAUUUAAUUCGAUUUUCUCUCUCUCUCUCUUUUUUUUUUUUUUUUUCUUUUUUUUUCUUUUUUAAAGAAGAAAUUGGGAAGGAAGAAGCCCGGCCCAGGGACAGCCCCGCGCCCCGGCCGGCCCCCAGCGCCGGGGCCGGGGGAUGCGGGGCGGGCGCGGGGGCGGGCGCGGAGCCCCGCGGGGCCCCAGGUGAGCGCGGCGGGACGGGCCCGAACCGAGCCGGACCGAGCCCUCACCGAACCCGCUCUGAGCCUGAACCGAGCCCCGAACUGAGCUCCGAACCGAGCCCAGCACAGAGCCCGAACCGAGCCCCGAACUGAGCCUGAACCGAGCCCGCUCCGAGUCCCGAACCGAGGCUGCACCGAGCCCCGAACUGAGCCUGAACCGAACCCGCCCCGAGCCCGAAUCGAGCCCGAACCGAGCCCCGAACUGAGCCUGAACCGAACUCGCCCCGAGCCCGAACUGAGCCCGCACCGAGCCCGAACGGAGCCCCGAACCGAGCCAGCACCGAGCCCGCACUGAGCCCGGUCCGAUCCCGAACCGAACCCGAACCGAGCCUGCACUGAGCCCGCUCCGAGCUCCCUCCGAGCCCCGCAGCCCCCGCAGCGAUGUCCCGGCCCGGCAGCCCCCGGCCCGGCCCCCCGGAGCAGCCCCGGGCCCAGCCGGUCCCGCCGCCAGAGCCGGCUGAGCCCUCGCUCCCUGCCCCGAGGCCGAUCCCAGCGCUGCCCCCGGCCGAGCCCGCCCGCCCCGCGGUGCCAGCGAAGGAGAAACCCCUGGAAGAUGCCAAAUCCCUGAGGAAAGGCGGCCGGGCCGAGCAGCGCGGCGCUCCCGAGGCUGUGACAUGUGAGUGUUUCCCGCGGUGCCCGUGCCCCGGGCUGUGCCACCUCAGCAGCGGCGGGACUCGUCAGAAGCCGGGCAGAGGCCAGCCCCCGGUUCGGGGCUCGCAGCCCCCCGGGCCCUGCACCCUCCCCCUGCCCAACGGCGAGGCGGGGAACGGGCAGUGCCGGGCGCCGCCCGCGCCGCAGAGGCCGCACCGAAAGCUGCAGCAGCACCACUCCAUCAACAGCCAGGGCAGCAAGAAGAGCAAGGGCAGCUCCAAGUCGCCCUCUUCCCACAUCCCCAUCGAGGCGCAGGAAGACUGCUGCGUCCACUGCAUCCUCUCCUGCCUCUUCUGCGAGUUCCUGACCCUCUGCAACAUCGUGCUGGACUGUGCCACCUGCGGCUCCUGCACCUCCGAGGACUCCUGCAUCUGCUGCUGCUGCUGCAACUCGGGCGAGUGCGCGGACUGCGACCUGCCCUGCGACAUGGACUGCGGCAUCAUCGACGCGUGCUGCGAGUCCGCCGACUGCCUGGAGAUCUGCAUGGAGUGCUGCGGGCUCUGCUUCUCCUCCUGAGGCCCCUCUGGGCCGGG